AUGGCACCAACGAACAAGGCGCAGCGCACGCCGGAGCUUCCCGCCAUUCCACCACACCUAUCCAUCCUAAUCGCUAUUUCUCUUCUCAUAUCUAUCAUGCUUAUAAAGAGAUUCAGUAAGCCACCGCUCCAGGGUUUGCCCUCCGGCGACAUAAAGCAAAGAGCAUCCCACCCCAACCUGGUGGAAAAGCAUAACAAAGUCAACAAACAUGAUGAAAGCUUCAUCCCCCACCGCCCUGCCAGUGCGACAUUGCCAUAUCGUCAAACUAAACACCUUGGGACCAACGGUUGCCUUUCAACUGAUCAGGCACCGAAAUUAAAGUCGCCUUCGAAGAUCACAACCCCAUUAUCAUCAUCAGAUUGUGCUCAAAUCCAGCCUCAGUAUCAACAUGGAGAUCAUGAGCCAAUAGCUCUAUCUCCACCACCUCCACUUCCACUAGAUCUAGAUCUGCAAAGGGCAAUAACUGGGAAUUCGCAAGCCCCCUCCCAGGUUACAAUGCCCGCACCGCACUGGCAAACCGAAGGUUCUACUCAUUUCGGGGACAGCACGCCCAGUAAUCACUCACAUCCUUUUGGUUCUCUAGUGAUGCAAAUCCCGGCAGUCGAUUUUCCACAGAUUCAAAGAGAAACGGUGCAGUUUCUCCCUAGGGCAGUGCCUGACAAGCGUCAGGCUUGGAGACGAAGAGUUCUCGAGUGUAACUAA